CAGAUGGCAAGGUGAGUUUCGAUGCAAAAGAGCCUUUCUAUACUUUGAUCAUUUCUUCUCAUCUUCUCGUUCGAGCUGAGACCUGUCAACUCAAUCGUGUCAAUACCACAUUCAUUUCAACAACCUUCGUCACUCUCUUUCAUCAUCUUUUUCCUACACUUCUUGUUGCACUUCUCCAUCGACAGUAUCUCGAAAUGGCAAUCAUGAAGAACCUCAUGCUCGUCGCGACACUCGCCAGUGUUGUCGUCGCCCAGUCAUCCGGUGUUGUGGACGUCUUCUUCCCUGGUGCCGACGGUCAGACCUUCAUCGGCUCCGUCAUCACCUCGGAUGCCUCCCAAACCACUCUGGCUGUGACCUGCCCAACAGACACGAGCGGUUCCAGUUCCGAUCUCGACUGUGGCUUCGAUGAGCCCAUCACGGUGACUGUGGGACCCUCGACAUUCCAUGCCGAGGAGUCAUUCGAGGGAAUCACCGCCAUCCUCGAGUGUAGCUUGGAUGGCACUACGUCCGCAGUCUGCGCCGAGACUUACAUCGGUCCUGCUUACCUGAUUGACGCCGACGUGAAUGAUUUGACUGCGAGCGAUGCGACCACCGACACUUCGCUCAUUACCACAUCCACCUCCACCAGCCUGACUGGCACUGACGUCGUCUUCAUUCCCGUCACCUUGGUCAGUGAUUUGGAGGGUCCUGCCGAGACUGGCGCUGGUGCCACUACAUCGACUGCUUCGCAGACUGGCACCACCGCCAGCAGCAGUGGCUCUGGCACAACGGCCACCACCGGCACAACCGGCACAACCUCAGCAACGAGUUCUUCGACAGGAUCCGCGACUGGCGCGGACGCAGCUGCCACAACCUCAAGCGGAAAUGGAGCUGGUCGCGCGGAUGGCAGCAUGUUGACUUUGUCUGGAUUUGGCGCUGGUCUUUUGGGUCUGGCUGCACUCAUUUUGUAGAUGUGGGGUGGAGCGACCUGUCGAUCUCGAAGGAAGUACUCAAGGGACAAUGGUGCUAAACCCGAAGCAGUCAGUGAUGGAGGAUGAAGAAACCGGAUUUGGAUGAAGAUGAUAGCGUCAAGGAUGACGCGGUGGAGUUUUGGUAGAUUUUCCUCGGAUAUGACAUCCAAGUGGCAACCGAGCAAUCCAUGCACAAUGACAUCGUGGACAUCAGGUGACCUGUCUACUCCUCCAAAGUCUCAAAUGUGCUUGUAGAUUUUGUUUCGCCGAGAAGUAGUUUUUAUGUAUAUUCAUCCGGGCAAGCUGUCUUUCGACUCGGUGGAGUUUGUUUUGUGGCCAAUUUCAGACUUGGUCCACUCGAAAGAUUUCUCCCGGGCACACAGAAUGUGACAAGCAAC